AUGGAUGUAGCCGAUAGUGGGAGUUUCUUGGCAUGGGUGAGGCACCGAUCUACAGACUCAGAUUUUGAUGUAGACACUGGAAACGGCAAAAAGGGUGUGUGGAUAAAACUUCCCAUUGAACUUGCAAACCUUGUUGAAACUGUGGUCAAGGAAGGCUUUUGGUAUCAUCAUGCAGAGCCAAAUUAUCUAAUGCUGGUUUACUGGAUUCCUGAAACUAUUAAUACACUCCCUGCAAAUGCUACACAUCGUGUUGGAGUUGGUGCUAUUGUCUUAACAGAGAAAAGAGAGAUGCUUGUAGUACAGGAAAAGAGUGGCAGACUUCGAGGAACAGGUGUCUGGAAUAUCCCUAUUGGAAUCGUGGAUGAGGGAGAGGAUAUAUGUGCAGCAGCCAUCGGAGAAGUUAAGGAAGAGACAGGAGUUGACGCAGAAUUUGUCGAGGUAGUAGCUUUCAGGUAUGCCCAAUAUAUUAUGCUUAAUUGGAUAGGAGCUCCAUUGAUAUUUGGCUGCUUUUGACUUUCUACUUGCUUAUCCUUGUUACUUUGGGGAUUGUUCACUAUCAAUGUCAUCCACAAGGCUGAGCCGUCUUAUGCAGGUCAUCCAUAUCCGCGGGAGUUCUGAAUGCUGGCACUUCUAUCCAUCGGGAAGCCUUGUCUAGCA